AUGCAGAUUCAAAAGCUCGUUGCCGCCCUCGCGGGCGUGGCUGUCGUUGCCGAGGCCUCGGUUGCUUUCCUCGACUCGCCCUUGAGCGCUGCGCUGGCCAAGCGUCAACAGCGAGGCGGAAACAACAACAAUAACAACAACAACAAUAACAAUAACAAUGGUGGAAACAACAACAACAACAACAACCUCUGCUUGCAACAGAACGCGGUGCAGGAGGGUUCAGCGCAGGCCGGACAGCCCAACGCGGAACAGGCCAACUCAGCCACUGACCAAGCCAACUUCAUCAACUUCUGCUCUGGCGAGACUCUCACAAAUGGUGAACAGAAGACGGGAGGUUCUUGCAACGGCAUUCCCAUGGGGAAGAUCCCCUCUCAAAACCGGAUGGUCUCUACCAUCAUCCAGAAUCCCCCUCACAACGGCAAUAUCGAGGCCAACCAGGACUUUGACGUCGAACUGAACGUCCAAAACCUGCAAGCCGGCUCCUUCACUGACGCUCAGUCCACCUACUACUCGGCUCCUCAGGACCUUAACGGCGGAGGCCAGAUCAUCGGUCACGUUCACGUUACCGUGCAGGAUAUGGGCGGCUCCCUUACGCCCAACCAACCCCUGGACGCAUCCAAGUUCGUCUUCUUCAAGGGAAUCAAUGAUGACGGCGAUGGAAACGGCAACCUCAAGGCCACUGUCACCGGAGGUCUCCCGGCCGGAAACUACCGUGUCUGCACCAUGUCCAGUGCUUCUAACCAUCAGCCUGUCCUAAUGCCCGUCGCCCAACGUGGUGCCCAGGACGACUGCAACAAAUUCACUGUUGGAGGCAACAACAACAACAAUAACAACAACAACAACGGUGGAAACAAUAACAACAAUGGUCAGAACAACAACGGUCAGAACAACAAUGGCCAGAACAAUAAUGGUCAGAACAACAAUGGCCAGCAGAACAACAAUAACAACAACAACAACCAGGGACAGAACCAGGGCCAGAACGGAGGGAACCGUAGAGGUAAGCAGAACGGCGGCGGCCGCGGCGGUGCUGGUGCGGGGCGUGGCGCAUUCCCUGGUCAAUUCCCUGGUCAAUUCCCUGGCCAGCCCCCUCAAUUCCCUGGAUUCGCAAACCCUGGAUCGGCCACAACACAAUCCCAGACUGGAAAUCCAAAUGCACAGGAAUCCUCAAAUGCUAACGCACCCGGCCAGGACGGGGACGCCGCCAGUAACUCGGACGCGUCGGCGACUCCAUCGGUAGACCCGGCGGCAGCGGCGCCGACUCAAGGCGGAGGCCCCUUGGGCAAUGGCAACAACGGAUCUGGACAGAAUGGCAACGGUAACUCUUCUGGAUCUGAAAAGGGAGGCGCGACCUCGAAUGCUAUCGGCGGAGUCGCGGCCCCGGCGGUCUUGGACUCUGGCGAUAGCAGCCGACCCUUCUCCGUCAACGGCAACUCGUUCGUCUCCAAGGCUAGUGCUGUGCAGCGUGCCUGCGACAUUCAACGGAACGGCUGUCUCGAUGCUUUCAACGGUGGACGUCUAAAUGGGGGUUCCACGGCCGCCUGUGAUAGCCAGGUCCAAGCCUGCAUCCAGGAGCUCUCAUAA